UGGGGGCGUGUCCUGACACCAGAUCUUCCAUCCAGCUUAGACUAGGCUGCUGCUCUAGGGGGAGGAAAGCUUUGACACUGCAGCGUACAGAGAUAAUAAUGGGGAAUGCACAGGAUAAGCCCUCUGGAACCGGGGGGGCUAAAACGGACCAGGCCACCCCGGGAUUCAGGAGGAGAAGCAGGGCCGGGAGUACGGAGAAGCCCAAGGCAGGGAAGGGUCCCCCGGAGAAGGGGUCGAUGGCCAACGGAGCCACCCAGGGGGACAGGAACCAGAGUAAGGACAUCCCAACAGACACCAGCUAUCUGGACGCCCCCGUUGGGGCUCUGCCUCCCCACCUGGGCCGGCUCAAGAACGAGGGUAACCACCUCUUCAAAAACGGACAGUUUUCAGAUGCUGUGGAGAAAUACUCUGCGGCCAUCGAUGGCUGCUGUGACGCAGGUAUAGAGAGUGGAGAGGACCUGUGUAUUCUCUACUCUAACAGAGCUGCUUGUUACCUGAAGGAUGGGAGCAACACCGAGUGUAUCCAGGACUGCACCAGGGCAUUGGUGCUGCAGCCCUUCUCCCUGAAGCCCCUCCUCCGCAGGGCCACGGCCUAUGAGUCAAUGGAACGUUACCGACAGGCCUACGUGGAUUUUAAGACUGUUCUGCAGAUAGACAUCGGGGUGCAGGCGGCACACGACAGUGUCCACAGGAUCACCAAGCAGCUUAUUGAGCAGGACGGCCCUGACUGGAGACAGAAGCUUCCGGAGAUCCCUCUAGUCCCACUGUCAGCUCAGCAGCACCACAGGCAGAAAGACCCCAGCGCUGAGCUGGUCCAGGCUAGAGAAGCCAAAAAAGCAGAGUCUCGCUUUGCCUCUCUCAAAACAGAAGGAAAUGAGCACGUCAGGAAAAGCCAGUUCCACGACGGCCUAGAGAAGUACAGUGAAUGCCUUAGGAUCAAACCUGACGACUGUUCCUGCUUUACCAACAGAGCCAUCUGUUAUCUGAGACUGGGUUGUUUUGAAGAGGCCAGACAGGACUGUGACUCCGCCCUCAAGCUGGAACCAACCAAUAAGAAGGCCUUCUAUAGACGGGCGCUGGCGUUUAAAGGCUUACAGGACUAUCUGUCUUCCAGCAGUGACCUCCAGGAGGUGUUGCAGCUGGACCCUAACGUCCAGGAGGCUGAACAGGAGCUGGAGACUGUGACAGGGCUGCUCAGACAGAGCCUCAUGGACGGAGCCCAACACUCACCCAGGGUUUGAUGACAGAGAUGAGACUGCCACAGAAGACUGAAUAGGAGGCUGAUGAAAGAGAGAGAGACUGAUGGAGACCUGGGAGUGGCCACAGGGAAGGCUGUUCAGGCCUCAACUCAUCAUCCCUCACAGAGUUGACGUGAACUAAGGUGAACUAUGCUGGAUGUUGGGCUCUGACUCCAUCUGCCUUCAAAGAGCAUCAUUAAAGCAUUGCGUCGACGACGGCAGAGCGUUCUUCAGUAAUUCACAGCAGGCAGCUGCAUCCUUCAUUUCCAAUCUGGAGACUCUAUAGAUACUUUAGAUGCAAUGUAGCUUCUUACAUUUACAUUUGUCAUUUAGCAGAGGCUCUUACCCAGAGAGACUUACAGUAGUGAGUCAUUUAGCAGAGGCUCUUACCCAGAGAGACUUACAGUUAGUGCAUCCUUUACCUCGGCAUGCUCAGACUCCCUGCAGCAACACACUGUAGAGAAAGGAUGCGUCACAAACGGUGCCCACCUCCCUAGGAAGUGCACUACGUUUGACCAGGGCUCAUAGGUCUAUAAUCAAAUGUAGUGCACUAUAUAGGGGAUAGGGUACCAUUUGGGACUCAAGCCCAACUCUUAUAAAGCUAGGAGUGACUAGUUUUCUUGCAGAAGUAUUUGAUUUCUUCCCACUAACAGCAGAUUAUGCAGACUAGAUUAUUACAGAUUGGAGAAGCGAUCGACAGAAGCUCUAGAAGCACACUGGAACACAAUGUGGGAGAGAUGUGGUGUGCCUUAUCGAGAUUCAAUGUUGAACCAGAUAUUUGGGAAUUGUAAUCUGAACCUCAGAGAAAUAACAUCCUUGUAUAUAUGUAAUAAACUGCUGCUUUGAUACACUGCAGAGUAUUUUAAAAAGAGGAAACCAAAAAAAAUAUGUUGCCACUGUAUUGACUUGUCAUGUAUGUACCUUUUCAACCAUAAAAGGGCACUGUUGGCUAAUUAAUGCAUAGGGAAAGAUGGACAACUGUGUAUAUCAUGUACUGUAUGCUUUUAAUCUCAGGUUCAGUCUUGAACGUGACCAUGAUUGUAAGGUAAAUGUUAGCUCUGAUCCAUGGCGUUAGAGGAGUUGUAACAGCCUGGACCAGAGCUAGGUAAAUGUGUAUAGUAGUCAAACACUGAUCUGCUAGUUUUCAGAUUAUGCUUUAUAACACCCCCAAACCCCCUCAGAUAGUUAUCUGUUGAGUUAGAGAUGUCCCCCCUCAGAUAGUUAUCUGUUGAGUUAGAGAUCAACCCCCUCAGAUAGUUAUCUGUUGAGUUAGAGAUCAACCCCCUCAGAUAGAUAUCUGUUGAGUUAGAGAUCAACCCCCUCAGAUAGUUAUCUGUUGAGUUAGAGAUCAACCCCCUCAGAUAGAUAUCUGUUGAGUUAGAGAUCAACCCCCUCAGAUAGUUAUCUGUUGAGUUAGAGAUCAACCCCCUCAGAUAGAUAUCUGUUGAGUUAGAGAUGUCCCCUUCAGAUAGUUAUCUGUUGAGUUAGAGAUGUCCCCUUCAGAUAGUUAUCUGUUGAGUUAGAGAUCAACCCCCUCAGAUAGUUAUCUGUUGAGUUAGAGAUGUCCCCUUCAGAUAGUUAUCUGUUGAGUUAGAGAUAUCCCCUUCAGAUAGUUAUCUGUUGAGUUAGAGAUCAACCCCCUUCAGAUAGUUAUCUGUUGAGUUAGAGAUCAACCCCCUUCAGAUAGUUAUCUGUUGAGUUAGAGAUGUCCCCCUUCAGAUAGUUAUCUGUUGAGUUAGAGAUGUCCCCCUCAGAUAGUUAUCUGUUGAGUUAGAGAUCAACCCCCUUCAGAUAGUUAUCUGUUGAGUUAGAGAUGUCCCCUUCAGAUAGUUAUCUGUUGAGUUAGAGAUGUCCCCUUCAGAUAGUUAUCUGUUGAGUUAGAGAUGUCCCCUUCAGAUAGUUAUCUGUUGAGUUAGAGAUGUCCCCUUCAGAUAGUUAUCUGUUGAGUUAGAGAUGUCCCCUUCAGAUAGUUAUCUGUUGAGUUAGAGAUGUCCCCUUCAGAUAGUUAUCUGUUGAGUUAGAGAUCAACCCUCUUCAGAUAGUUAUCUGUUGAGUUAGAGGUGUCCCCUUCAGAUAGUUAUCUGUUGAGUUAGAGAUGUCCCCUUCAGAUAGUUAUCUGUUGAGUUAGAGAUGUCCCCUUCAGAUAGUUAUCUGUUGAGUUAGAGAUGUCCCACCUUCAGAUAGUUAUCUGUUGAGUUAGAGAUGUCCCCCCUUCAGAUAGUUAUCUGUUGAGUUAGAGAUGUCCCCCUCAGAUAGUUAUCUGUUGAGUUAGAGAUGUCCCCUUCAGAUAGUUAUCUGUUGAGUUAGAGAUAUCCCCUUCAGAUAGUUAUCUGUUGAGUUAGAGAUGUCCCCUUCAGAUAGUUAUCUGUUGAGUUAGAGAUGUCCCCUUCAGAUAGUUAUCUGUUGAGUUAGAGAUCAACCCUCUUCAGAUAGUUAUCUGUUGAGUUAGAGAUCAACCCUCUUCAGAUAGUUAUCUGUUGAGUUAGAGAUCAACCCUCUUCAGAUAGUUAUCUGUUGAGUUAGAGGUGUCCCCUUCAGAUAGUUACCUGUUGAGUUAGAGAUGUCCCCUUCAGAUAGUUAUCUGUUGAGUUAGAGGUGUCCCCUUCAGAUAGUUACCUGUUGAGUUAGAGAUAUCCCCUUCAGAUAGUUAUCUGUUGAGUUAGAGGUGUCCCCUUCAGAUAGUUACCUGUUGAGUUAGAGAUGUCCCCUUCAGAUAGUUAUCUGUUGAGUUAGAGAUGUCCCCUUCAGAUAGUUAUCUGUUGAGUUAGAGAUGUCCCCUUCAGAUAGUUAUCUGUUGAGUUAGAGAUGUCCCCUUCAGAUAGUUAUCUGUUGAGUUAGAGAUGUCCCCUUCAGAUAGUUAUCUGUUGAGUUAGAGAUGUCCCCUUCAGAUAGUUAUCUGUUGAGUUAGAGAUAUCCCCUUCAGAUAGUUAUCUGUUGAGUUAGAGGUGUCCCCUUCUAGAUAGUUAUCUGUUGAGUUAGAGAUGUCCCCUUCAGAUAGUUAUCUGUUGAGUUAGAGAUGUCCCCUUCAGAUAGUUAUCUGUUGAGUUAGAGAUGUCCCCCCUUCAGAUAGUUAUCUGUUGAGUUAGAGGUGUCCCCUUCAGAUAGUUAUCUGUUGAGUUAGAGAUGUCCCCUUCAGAUAGUUAUCUGUUGAGUUAGAGAUGUCCCCCCUUCAGAUAGUUAUCUGUUGAGUUAGAGAUGUCCCCCCUUCAGAUAGUUAUCUGUUGAGUUAGAGGUGUCCCCUUCUAGAUAGUUAUCUGUUGAGUUAGAGGUGUCCCCUUCAGAUAGUUAUCUGUUGAGUUAGAGGUGUCCCCCCUUCAGAUAGUUAUCUGUUGAGUUAGAGAUGUCCCCCCUUCAGAUAGUUAUCUGUUGAGUUAGAGAUGUCCCCCCUUCAGAUAGUUAUCUGUUGAGUUAGAGAUGUCCCCCUUCAGAUAGUUAUCUGUUGAGUUAGAGAUGUCCCCUUCAGAUAGUUAUCUGUUGAGUUAGAGAUGUCCCCUUUCAGAUAGUUAUCUGUUGAGUUAGAGGUAUUUCAGUUAGUGUCUGAAACUGAUGAAUAAGAAGCUGCUUGUGUUGAAUGCAUCGUGAAUGUCCUGCUUUCACCACAGGUCUCUUUACAACAUAGAGCCCUCUGAGGUGGUUGUUCAUGAUUAAACACUUCUGCUUUGUACUGUA